AUGCCAGACACUAAAUCCAAUGCGACGGCCCUCGGCCACAAGAGUGUGUCAGAGGAUGAAGAGGGAGGGCGAGCUGGUGUAAAAAGUGUACCGAGUCCGAUUGAUGAGGACGACAUCGUGGCUCGCAUGAACAACCUUGAUCCUCCCGUGACGCCGGAGGAAGUUAAAGCAGUGAGGAGAAAGAUUGACAUGCGACUACCUCCCUUCCUUCUGGUUCUGUACAUGUUCACAUGGUUGGAUCGUGGGGCUCUGGGUAACGCAGCCUUGAUGGGGAUUCGUGAGGAUCUCGGGUUUUCUCCCAAGCAGUUCUCAUUAGCUGUCAGCAUGUUCUUUGUGGGAACAUGCAUCGCUGAUCUGUUUACGAACAUCGGAAUGCGAUACAUCCGGCCAUCCCUAUACUUGGCGACAGCUAUGAUCAUCUGGGGAGUCUUUGCAACUUUACAAGCGGUCGCAGGCAGUCCAGGUGGCAUGUAUGCCAUUAGGUUCUUUUUGGGCAUCUUUGAAGCAUGUUUCAUCAGUGGUGCUCCAUAUCUCACGACAGUACUCUAUCCAAGAGCGGAAUGGGGCCGUCGCAUCAGCAUCUACCUUUCGGCAACACCCUUGGCUGGUGCCUUUGGAGGAUGGGUGGCAUACGGAGUUGCGAACAUUUCGAACCCGAGCGUGAAACAUUGGCAAGCUCUGUUCCUCAUCGAGGGUCUGCUCACUAUUCUCAUCGGUCUACUUUGUGUCUGGGUUCUUCCGGAUCGCCCGCACAACACAAAGUGGCUUACACCUCGAGAGCGCGACGUCGCUACCUGGCGGAUGAUGCAGGAUGGUAACAGGACUCACGGCAAGAUCAAUUGGAAGACUACCCUAAAUCAACUCCGUGACUGGAGACUGUGGAUGAACAUAUUCAUCUACAUGGGCCAGGUCCUUCAGACCUACACGAUUGCGACCUUUACCCCCAUCAUCGUCGCAACCUUUGGAUACGACAACAUCAAAGCUCAACUGAUGGUAGCACCGCCUUACUGCGUCGCCUUUGUGAUGGUGUUUGUUGUUGGAUACGCGAGUGACAGACUGAAGUCUUGCUCGGGGCUGCUGGUCAUCUGUUCUAUCGUCGCGGCUACUGGAGAUCUCUUACUGGCCGUCCUACCGCACACGGCAGCGAGCGCAAGAUACGGUGCGACGUUCUUGAUCUUGACUGGAAUCCUGUCGGGGGUCACAUUGAGUGUUGGUAAUAUUACAAGCAAUUGCUGUGGGGAUAUCAAGAAAGGAAUCGCAUCUGGACUGUUUCAGUCCUUCGGAAGUACCAUGGGCAUUGCCACUGGAUAUCUGUUCCAGUCAACAGAUGGUCCGGCCUACAAAAAGGGAUUCUGGACACUUUUCGCAGCCACAUGUUGGACCGGUGGUGGUAGCGCCUUCAUGACAAUUAUGACGAUUAGGGAGAACAGACGGAGAGAUCGAGAGUUCGGAAAGCCUCCCGAGGAUGUAGUGAUUGACUUUGACGAGGGAGGCCAAAUGGAGAACCAUCCAUAUUGGAGGUAUUACCGUUAG